AUGGAAAACAUAACAGCAUACCACUUAUCAGUAUUCUCAUACUCACCCACCACCACCACCAACAAGUCGCAAGGAGGCAACCCAACAACAAUCUACCUCGGCAAUCCAACUGCAACACAAAUGCACUCCCUCGCCAAAUCAAACACCCACGAAUGCGGCUUCGUACUCACCAACAGCCCCACCACGCCCGACCAUGACGAUUGUCACCUCGCAAUGAGAUACUGGGUCCCGAACCACGAAAUGGAAAUGUGUGGCCAUGCAACCGUUGGCGCGAUAUGGUUACUCAAUGAAUUGGACCAACUACCCACAUCCACCAGUGGAAAUGGGACUGAGCUUCGGAUCUCUACGAAGUCGGGAAUAGUCAAUGCGAGAGUUCUGCGUGGGCAGGGGAAGGGAGACGGGAAGGAGUCCAAGGCCACGCGUGUCCUUGUCUCACAGCCUCGAGGCAUAGUGCAGGAUUUGCCAUCUUCUCCCGAUGACCCGAACGGGCUGAAAGUCCUUCGUGAAAUUGUCGCUGCGCUAGGUCUCGAUCUGACUGAUCUAGAUCUAAGCGGCCUAAAAGUUCAAAACGCAUCAACAUCCCGAACAAAAACCCUAAUACCGCUUCGUAAUUUAGAGACUCUUGCAUCCAUCACCCCGAACCAAGAGUCCAUUCGCGCAAUCUGUGAGAAUAUCGGGUCAACAGGUUUAUACCCGUACGCCCUUGUCGAUGUCAAGGAGCAGAUUGUCAUGGCGCGCCAGUUCCCGAAGUCUUCGGGGUAUAUUGAAGAUCCGGCGACUGGGAUUGCGGCUGCUGCGCUUGCGUUUGGUCUUUUGGAUGCUGGGGUUUUGUCUGAUGCGCGUAGGUCGGUUUUUGUAUGGCAGGGGUGGAAGAUGGGGAGGCCUUCGGAGAUUGAGGUGGUUUUUCGACAGGAGGGGGGAGGAGGGGGAGGAAGGGUCUGGGGGAAUUGUGGGUUGUUGGAUUUCUGGGAGGGUUGA